AAGAGUCCCUAUGCUAAUUAGAAGCAAGAAAAGGGGCGCUCUUUCACUGACGUUCGUGCUCACGCUACUGUCGGGCCAAUAGGAGUCCGUAUGCAAAUUAAAGGGGUACAAGGGACUAUCUUCGCUCGCGCGGCUUCAUACCCGGCAGAUUCUGGUGAGGAGCUCGUGCGUGCUUUUCCGAGCGCCUUAGGAUUACUGGCACAGAGAGCUGCAGAGUUUACCUCACGGAUUAUUUACCUGAUGUGCAAUAUGACCUACGAGGAAUUUUGCGGAGAUAACGCCACGGAAAGAAUGGACUCUGUGGUGAAGGCACUGGAGGAGGUGCUGACUGCUGCUUUACCUCAGGGCUGUAUCACAGUCGGAGUUUACGAGGCUGCAAAAUCACUCAACAUAGAUCCAGACAACGUGGUCUUGUGUCUUCUAGCUACAGAUGAGGAGGACGUCCAGGACGUCGCCCUUCAGAUCCACUUCACACUAAUCCAGGCCUUCUGCUGCGAAAACGACAUCAACAUCUUGCGUGUAAACAACAUGAGACGGCUGGCGGAGAUCCUGGAUGGUGUCAAGCCAAUGGGAGGAGAGCCAGUGGACCUGCACUGUGUCUUGGUCACUAAACCACAGUCAUCUGCAUGCAAAGACCCAGCCUUGAGCAAACUGAAUCGUUUCUGCAGAGACAGUCGUUGUUUGGAUCAGUGGGUACCCGUCAUCAAUUUGCCUGAACGAUGAGACAAAGCAGACGGAUCACAUCACGAAUCACACAAGCUACUGCACCGUAUUUGUGUAUACCUGCCUCGGCCGAAACCCUGGAUUGUCUUUACAUUGCCACAAGGAGGAUGACAGGAGGGGGAAAAUCGACAAAAUGCAAGGAACAAGGAAAUCUAAUCCACCUGCCACGCUGAUCAGGAGCAUGGGGAUUUUCUUUCAGGCCGGAGAGCAAGGCAUGAACAGAAAGCAUGACUCAGCAGGGUUUUAGCAAUGUUGACACGGAAUGAACAGCUCCUGCCUUUCCGGAAUAAUGAGACUGUACCGGAAAUCAAAGGACCAGAAUAAAUCUGAGUGACUGCACUGAGCACGACUCAGACUGAUGGAUUACUAAACACGUUUCCAAAACAGAAUGUUCUGGAACCUGGAGAGGACUUUUAACUUAUGAUGUUUAAUUAUUACCUUUUAAUUAUCCUAACUAUUUAAAUGGGGGAAAUGGUGUUUUUGGUUCUGCAAAACAGAUGAGUUUUGUAAAGCUUCACCUUUUUCGUGACCGUUCUCUUUGUCUGUCUGUUUAAUGUGUUAAUUUAAUGAAUUGUAUUUAUGUUGCAAUGUACUGUUUCUUUUUUUU